AUGAUGGGAGAUAAGCAAAGCUAGUAAGUUAGCAUCUUUCUUCCUGAAUAAAAUGGAUAAAACUUAUACCAUGAUUAAAAUUAGCCUUAAAAUAAAAAUAUUGACAAGAUUAGGCAACAAGAAUCUACCUUUUCACCAAAUAAAAAAAUAGCAACAAGCGUAAAGCAAUCUAAUUUUAAAGGUGUAGAAUAAUCUAAUAUAGUUAGAACAGAAACUGGAAUCAAGUAAAAUGAAAUUCUAUUCACUGAACAUUCUGGUGUUCCUCAUCAAAAUAUAAAAAGCGGUGUAUAAGAUGAAUAAAGAGAAAGAGCUGUCAAUGUUAAAUGUUUGAAAAUUUAGAGAAUGGAAUAUUUUAUUUAGCAAUUGCAGCUUUAACUUCUAAAAGAAAAGUUAAAAUAGAGUUUCUUAAAUGAGGCCGUGUUCUUUUUAGAAGUAAGCGUCUAUAGUCUGAAAGGUUUGGGAGAAUAAACAUACAGGUUAAGGAGAAUAUAUCAAGAUUUUAAAACUUUAGAGAAAAAUCUAAUAUAGGAAAAUAACACAAAAAAGCUUAAUAUGAACUUGCCACCAUUUCCAUUUUAGAAAGAUCCAAAAAAUUUAUUUGAUAAAGAAAUCUUUUUGAAGAUAGGAGAGUAUCUUUAAGUCUUGUGUCAGAAUAGUAAAAUUGUAGAUACAGACACAUUUUGGUAGUUUUUCGAAAUAUCAAGCAAUUUUCAUUAAGGAGUAGUAAAAGUAAAGGAGACUUUUAUAAAAAAGAGGAGUGGUGGAAGAUUUAAAAAGUAAUGCAGAGGUUGCUGUCAUACUUGGUCAGUUAGAUAUUUGGCUAUUACUUCUGAAGGAUUGAUGUAUUCUAAAUCAAAUAGAGGUUUAAACAGCAAUAUUAGAGAAAUAUUGUUGUUUGAUCAAAAUUUUAACAUGGAAUAUGGAAAAUUUUAAACUGGAAAAGAAAUGGGUAUUGUCAUCACUACGUCUACAAGAAAAGUUAGAUUAGAAUGCUACUCUUAGUUUCAUUUUUACGAUGUCUUAGCUGCCUGUAAAGAAGCUAUCUCCCUCUCUCCCUAUAUUGAAAUUCAUAGAUUUGAUUCUUUUGCACCAGAAAGAAAAGAUGCUGAAUGCAAAUGGUUUGUAGAUGGAUUUGAUUAUUUCAAAGACCUUUAUUACGAUUUAAAAAAUGCUAAAUCUAGCGUGUAUAUUACAGAUUGGUGGCUUUCACCUGAAAAUUAUUUAUUGAGACCUGUUGGUGAAGUAACAAAUCAAGAAAGUAGAUUAGACAGAGUUUUAUAAAGUUUAGGAGAAAAGGGAGUUAAUAUCAUGAUUAUACUGUACAAAGAGCCAACAAUAGCACUUACUUUAGAUUCUGCUCAUACUAAAUAACACUUAAAAUCAUUAAGCAAUAACAUAGUAAUUAUGAGGCAUCCAGAUUAUAUUUUGCCUUUUUUGUGGUCUCACCAUGAAAAAAUGGUUAUCAUAGAUCAGCAAAUAGGUUAUUUAGGAGGACUAGAUUUGUGCUAUGGAAGAUUUGAUACUCAAAAUCAUCAUUUAAGCGAUUUACCUGUCCCAGAAUAAAAUGAAUAAAUGGUAUUUUUCCCAGGAAUUGAUUAUUCUAAUGCACGUUAAAAAGAUUUCGAAAAUGUAAAAAAUCAUACAGUCAGUAACAUUGACAGACAAAAACAAAUUAGAAUGCCAUGGCAUGAUGUUGCAAUGAAGGUUGUUGGAGAACCUGUUAAAGACAUGGUUCGUCACUUCAUACAAUAUUGGAAUUUUUGCAAGGUGGAUAUUUACUCAAAAGAUAAGAAAAAUAUUGCUUAAAUUAUUCCAAAAAAGCACAAGUAGCAAGAAGAAGAUUAGAAAAAUAAAAAACCAUAGUUAUCUAAAAUGAGAAAUAAAUUGUAAGGUGUAAUAAGCACGUUCACAAAAAAAAUGAAAAAUAAAUUAAAUCUUUUAGAUUCUAAUGAUAAACUUAAUAAUUAAUAAAUGUAAAAUGAAACUAUGAAAGGCUAACCAGGAUAACGUAGAUUCAUGUAAUAUUUAGCAGAACUUAAAAAAAUUCCAAGUGAGAAAAAUUUGUAAAAUAUAGAAAACUAAGAUUAAGAGCAAUAAAAAUUAAUUUAACCUGAAAAAAAUAAAGAUAAUAUUAGCAAGCAUGAAAACACUCAACAAUAGCAACAACAGCAACAACAACAACAACUUAACUAUAAUUCUAAGGAUAAAAGAAAUUCAAUUAGAGAUUCAGAAAUAAUAAUUGAUAAAGCCGAUGUAUUUGAAUAAAAAAUGUAAAAAAUUAAAAAAACCUAAACAAAUAUUGCAUUCAUGAUUGAAGAAAUGUCAGAAGUAGAUAGCGAAAUACAAAGUAGCAAAAUUAAAGUUCAAUAAUAACAGAAUGCUCACUUGAAAGUAAAUGCAGUACCAGAAAGUAUUUCAAUUGAGUAAAUGGAAGGAAUAGAAGAAUUUUUUGAAGGAGAAAAUAUUAAUCCUAUUAUAAGAUAUAAUAAUAAAAUGCCAAACUGUAGUAAAUUAAAAAUUUAAGAAAUUAAAAAUGAGUUAGAGCCAGAGGAACUAUAAGUAGUAUAGCUAUAAAAGAAAGAGUCAAAAACAUUAAAAAAGAUUUUUGCAAGGAAAAAAAAUAGAGCAGAUAGUAAUUCUGAAAAAGUUAUAACUAUUGGUAUAAACUUGAUAGAGAAAAUAGACAAUUUGACUGAUGAUGAUGAAGAAAUUAACUUCUUUCAAUUCAAUGGCAAUGAUUAAAAUAUUUAAGUUUCUGAAAUAAUUGAAUAAGGAUAACCUAUUUCAAAUAAUAAUGCAGCUAAUAAUGCAAAUAACAUCAAUCCUAACAGUAUUUCUCUCAACAAUACUGGAGUAGUCAAAAAACCUAGUCUUUGGAAAACAAAAGUUUAAGAAAAAUUAACAUCUGUAAAAAAAUCUCCCUAAUUAUAAUCUUAAACAACUAACUUAUACGAAGCAGAGCAGAUAGAGAAAAGCAAAAUUAACUUAAAUUUUGUUAGAUAUGAUCAAUCUGGUAGUUGCAAAUGUCAGAUGCUAAGAAGUGGUUCUAGUUGGAGUUUAGGACUUAAACCAGAUCACACUGAAUUAAGUAUAUAAAUAGCUUACAUAUAAUUAAUAGCUCAAGCUCAAAGCUUUAUCUAUAUCGAAAAUUAAUUCUUUAUAUCAUGUACUGCAGGUAGUGUAGUUAAAAAUUAAAUUGCAUAAGCUCUCAUCGAUAGAAUUUUGUUAGCUGACAAAAAAGGAGAAGACUUUUUCGUAUGCGUUGUUAUGCCACUGCUUCCAGGUUUUGCUGGAGAAGUAAAUGAUUCGAAUGCAGCUGUAAUGAAAUGCUAACUUCAUUGGGAGUAUUUUACUAUUAGCAGAGGAGGUGGGUCAAUAUACGAAGUUCUAAAAUAGCAUGUUAAAGAUCCAUUUAAAUAUAUAAAAUUUUUUGGACUUAGAAAUCAUGGAGUGCUAAAUAACACACCAUACUCAGAAAUUAUUUACGUCCAUUCAAAACUUAUGAUUGUUGAUGAUAAAUUUGUUAUCAUAGGGAGUGCUAAUAUUAAUGAUAGAUCUAUGUGUGGAACUAGAGACUCAGAAAUUGCUAUGAUUGUUGAAGAUACUAAAAAAGUUAGUUGCAAAUUAAAUGGAAAGUAUGUUAUGUUAAACUAAUUUGCUCAUACAUUUAGGAUGUCUCUCUAUUAAGAACAUUUUGGAUUGACAGAAUCAGAGGCCGAAGAUCCAUUAAAUCCUUAACUUCUAAGCUUAAUUUCAGAAAGAGCUAAAAAAAAUACAGAAAUAUACAGAGAGGUAUUUAGAUGCUAUCCAGAUGAUUAAGUCACUUAUUUGAACUAAUUAGAACCAUGGCAGAAAGAAAGAAAACCAGAAAAUUACAAUGAAUUAAAAGAUUAAAUUAAAGGUCAUGCAGUUGAGCUACCUUUAGAUUUUUUAAAAAAUGAAAAUUUAAAUUUUACUAUUCGUUAGAAAGAGUAUUUUGUACCAGUGUAGUCAUUCUUGUAAGCGACCUGGAAAGCCAUCCAACACUCAUUCACAUUUUUCAUUUGCUGA